AACAACAGUAUUCCCAACGACACACAAACAGCCACAAAAACAGUCCUAAAAGUCAAUCCUCUAAGAGAAAAAAAAAACUCAGAAGAAAAACAAUGCUUUCUUCUCCUUCUUCUUCUUCUUCUUCUUCUUCUUCUUCAUCAUCGUGUAAGUUACCGAAUAAUCUAAUCGGUUAUCUGUUAUCAUUGAAAUUGAAGUAUAACAGCUGUGAUUCAAUGGAAAAUUCUCGAAUGUUGUUAAAAGAUUACGCGACGCGUGAAUUGAAUGCGUUUCUUUGGAUUUCUCUGAUUACUAUAACUGCUCUUAUGCUCGAUAAAGUUUUUAAAUUAUUUAGAUUAUGGUCUAAAGCUCGAGCAAUUGCCGGACCUCCUUGUUCUUCCUUUUUCGGUCAUAAUAACUUCGGUUCCCGAGGUAAUUUCCUCGAGCUAUUGUCAGAGCUACACGAUAAAUAUGGAUCUGUUCUCAAGUUGUGGUUAGGGCCUACUCAGCUUCUAGUAUCUAUAAAAGAUCCAGUGCUUAUCCAAGAUAUGCUCUUAAAGGCUGAGGAUAAAUUGCCUUUUACUGGGAAGGCUUUUCGUUUAGCCUUUGGACGAUCCAAUCUUUUCUUUUGCUCCUAUGACCAGGCACAAAAGAGAAGAGAAUCAUUAGCAUUGCAAUUGAAUGAAAAACUGCUUCCAAAAGCAGAAAUAAUUCCCAAGCACACCAUAGAUUGUAUCACACAAAGAAUAGACGAGGGUAUGAUCAAAGGAGGUAUUGAUUGUAAAUUGAUUUCUCAACAUAUGGCUUUUACCGUUUUGGGUACUACACUCUUUGGAGGUGAAUUUUUGGCAUGGUCUAAGGCAACUUCUUAUGAGGAGCUUCUAAUGGAAAUUGCUAAAGAUGCUUCCUUUUGGGCCUCAUAUAGGGUUACUCCCAUCUGGGAACAGGGAUUUUGGAGGUAUCAGUCUUUGUGUACGAAGUUGAAAUUUUUAACUCAGGAUAUUCUUCAACAGUGCAGAAAAAACUGCAAGCUUUUUAGCCGUGUGGAUCAGAACCUCAAUAAUGAAGCUGUGAAAUAUGGAAUGAGAGCUGCAUCUAGCGUACCUCUUUCUGGUGUGGUGAUGCAAGAUAAGUUUUCCCAAAGGGAUCUUGAUGGCCAUAUUAAUGCAAGAGAAGAGCCAUGUGGAAAUAUUAUGGGCAUGAUGUUUCAUGGAUGCAUAGCAACUGCGAGUUUGCUGGGUAAUAUCUUGGACAGGCUUGUUACAAAUCCAGAGAUACAGGAUAAGAUAUACUCGGAGAUUAUUAUGGUGAGGCAAGGUUCAACAAAGGAUGUCCAAAAUGUUGAUGAGAUGCCCCUGUUACUGGCAACUAUUUAUGAAUCAGCCCGCCUUCUGCCAGCAGGACCUUUGCUACAGAGAUGCUCUUUGAGAGAGGAUUUGAGACUCAAAAAUGGUGUAACUAUACCAGCCGGAUCAGUCCUUGUGGUACCUGUGCAUCUGCUCCAGAUGGAUGAUGCCAGUUGGGGAAGUGAUGCUUGCAAAUUUAAUCCAUAUCGGUUUUUGUCAAAAGACAAAAAGGUUUCUGAUUCAGUGGAGGAUUCAUCAUUUACAGUCUCCUCAGAGGUUGCAGAAGAUGCUGUUGACCCAGGUCAGAGCUCAUACAUUUUGAAUGAUCCAAAUGAAAAUGCUGCAUUUCUUCCGUUUGGUUCUGGUGUACGUGCAUGUGUGGGUCAAAAAUUUGUAAUCCAAGGAGUUGCCAUUUUGCUUGCUUCAUUGCUUGAACGCUACGAGGUAAGGCUUCAACCGCUGUCAGAAAACUAUCCGCAAUCAACUAAUCAGGAAAUAGUCUUUGUGAAGAGAAGCAGUUGACAGAAUGAAAUGUUUAUGUCAAUGCUUCAUCAAAUUAUUGUUGUAUAACCAACCAGACAUCUUUUCUUUUUUUUUUUAACCCCUCUUUUUAUCUUUCUUCAAAAUUGAUGGGGAGUCCUUUCCUGUUUUGCUCAUUAGCUUGCCAAAGGGGGCGAGGAUGAUGCAUGAGUUGUAUUUAAUUGCUCAUGCUGUUUUUUCCUCUUCCUGUUUUUUAAAAUGGCCCAAGUGCUGUCUUAAAUGCCAUGACAAUCGGUUUGGUUUUGAAGCAAUUCUGGGCCUAUAUUUGCUGCUGAGCCCUAGUGGUUUUCUUCCCCAUCCUCUCAAGUUAGAUAUGUAUUUUCUUUUAUUUCUCUAUAGUUCUCUCCUUUGAACUUUUUGUUUUUUUUUUUUUGUUUUUUUUUUUUCUCUCUCUCUGAGAGAGAGAUUAUGUUGUAUCUUGAUACUUAAUACAAAUAAUGUGCAACAACCUUUUCAUCUUUGAUUUAAUGAACAAAUAAAUGGUGUGUGUUUCUCUA